AUGAUAGCAAGAUUAUUCUCCUCAUUUGACCCUUCAACAAAUUUGGGACUUUCUUUAAACUGAUUAAGAUCAUUUAUUGGAAUUAUAUUAAUUCCAUCAAUAUUUUGAUUAAUUCCCUCACGAGCCUCAGUAAUUUGAAAUAAGAUUUUAAACACUUUACAUAAAGAGUUUAAAGUAUUAAUAGCAAGAAAUAAAAUAAACGGGAGAACAAUCUUAUUUGUAAGACUAUUUUCACUUAUUUUAUUUAACAAUUUUUUAGGGCUAUUCCCUUACAUUUUUACUAGAACUAGACAUUUAACCUUAACCUUGUCUUUAGCCUUGCCCUUAUGAUUAAGAUUCAUAAUUUAUGGGUGAGUAAAUAAUACUAUUCAUAUGCUCGCACAUUUAGUUCCCCAAGGAACCCCGCCAGCAUUAAUACCAUUCAUAGUAUGUAUUGAAACAAUUAGAAAUAUUAUUCGACCGGGAACCUUAGCUGUUCGAUUAACAGCUAAUAUAAUUGCAGGCCACUUAUUACUAACAUUAUUAGGUAAUACUGGAAAUUCACUCUCUUUAUACUUAAUUAAUGUGUUAAUUAUUGUACAAUUAGCUCUACUAACACUUGAAUCAGCAGUAUCAAUUAUUCAAGCCUAUGUAUUCGCAGUAUUAAGAACCUUAUACUCUAGAGAAGUAAACUAA